AUGUUCACGUCCGCGCGCGAGGUCCUGGCGAAACAGACGGAAACCGACGCGUCGUCGCGCGGCGACGACUCGACGCGCGCGCGCGACGCGAACGCGCCGAAACCGUCGUUCGACGUCGACGCCCAAGAUGCCAAAAACAUCGCGCGCGCCGAAGCGAAAGCCGAACGCAUCGCGCGCGCCGAGGCGAAGCGCAAGCGAAGAGACGACGAACCGAAGCAAACGUCUUUAAUCGACGCGUGGCGACGCGGUGGGGCGCGAGCGUCGACGUCGGACGUCGGCGUCGGCGGCGAUGUCAUCCGACGGUUGUUGAGCUGCGCGCCGACGAGUUUCUACGCCGACGCGCGAUUGGUGUGCAAGGCGUGGCGAGACGCCGUGGACGAUCCGAAGUUCAUGCCGUGCGUGAAACUCAAUCGAGCGCUCGCGUUGGGUGGCGCGCGCGCGGAUGCGGCGGAGGCGUACUUGAAUGAGGUCACGGGACGCGAGCCGGGAGACGCGGGCGUCGGGCCGUUGGCGAGACACGCGGCGACGACGAAGACGCUGUUCAAAUCGCGAUUGGACGUCGAGACGUUUUGUCGAUUCGUGGAGGAGGAUGAACACUUAUCGGGGGCGAGAGAUAUACGUGGGGAAGUGCAACCGGGGUACGACGAACCCGAUGAUUUGACGAAGAUUGAUGAUUUUUGGCAGUCGCUCGGUACGGCGGCGUCGCGUUCGUUUCUAGGCACCGUCGGCGACGUCGCGGCGACGAUUCGGGUGAUCGCGAAAUUUGCGUGCGUUCAAGAGCCGAUCACGCGCGGCGGCGAGCGCGAGGCGGACAACACGCGAGCGAACGGCUGGGCGGUGUUGGUUAUCGCGAUGACGCACGUCGCCGAAAACGAAUGGAUCGCUUCUCGGUUGCUUCGAGCGGCUCGACGCGCACUUCGAAGCGACGCGAGCGCGGAAUUCGUUGAAGAAGACUUGACCGAGUUUGUCAAUUUGCUCAUCGCGUACGUGCGCUUGGAAUCGAGAUCAUACGCAGACGCAUCCGAGCCGGCGAAAGUCCACGCAUGCCGACGUAUGAAGGCGCGAUUAUCGGCCGCGUACGAUUACGCCAAUCUUCACGACGAACGGGAACAAAACUCAAGCGACGCAGAUUUGAAAAAUGUCGUGGGGAAUUCGAGCGCCGCAACGCGUCCGACGGAUACGAUGCGAAAAACAUCGAGAUUGACACACGAACAGGAAGCCAUCGUCUCGACGAGUUUGCGACCACCGCAAUGGAUGGUCGUGCACGCGUUCGCGGGAUCGGGCAAGACGACGACUUUGGUCGAGUACGCGAAGAGAAAUCCUUCGAAACGAUUUCUUUAUCUCGCGUUCAAUCGUGCCAUCACGGAAGAAGCCAAGACAAAGUUUCCAGCGAAUACGGACGCGAAGACGUUUCACGGAUUAGCGUACGGGCUCGCCACGUGGUACAAGGCGGGAGGUAAAAAACUACACUUCGGCGACAAGCUUCGAUCGUCCGAAGUCUGCAAAGCGCUCGGAAAAUCAAUCAGCGAUCGGGCUGUGGGCAAAGGUUUGGUGACGCUCCAAAACUUUCUAGUUUCUGCCGAUGAAAAUAUUUCAAAGGAGCACGUGCCCACGGAAGGUGUUAAACCUGCGUCUGUGGACGAAAUCAUUCAAGUUGCCGAGACGUUGUGGCGUAUGAUGAAGGACCGAUCGAGCAACGAUGUGCCGUUGACGCACGCCGGCUACAUGAAGCUCUACCAACUGCAACGUCCGCGUCUGGAUAUCGACAUGAGUAGAAAUAAAAACAAGACGGGAUAUGACGUCAUUUUGCUGGACGAAGCGCAAGAUAUCGCACCUGUGAUGUUUGAUAUCGUUCUUCGGCAAACGAAAUGCGCAAAGAUUCUCGUCGGAGACGUACAUCAACAAAUUUACAACUUCACCGGAGCUAUGAAUGUGAUGGAUAAAAUCGAUGAUCUCGUGGCUAGCCAUCAAGUGACGCACAGGCGGCUUGUGAGAAGUUUUCGUUUCGGUGUGGAAAUCGCCAAUGUCGCAAACGCUAUCUUGAACAUAAAGCGCGAGAGCGCAUUCCUUGUCGGCGCGCGAUUGAGCGAGCUGGAUCAAACGUGCGUGUUCUCAACGGAAAACGUUGCGUCUAGCGACCCGAGAUUGAAGACAGUACGAGGUCCGCCGCCCUUAUCUACUGUGAUCGUAGGAGACGGGCGACGCGAGCAACUGGCGGUUCUGGUUCGAUCGAAUUACAAUCUCAUUUCGGCUUUGAUGUAUCUCGAAUCCUCGCGUUCGAAAGUGCACGUCAUCGGUGGCGUCGACGCGCUCAAGCUCGACCAAGUGUGUGAUUUCGUGCGUUUGAUACUCGACGAAGAUCUAGGAUCCAUCAGCGACCGAUACAUCAAAAUGUUCGUCACGUACGGCGGCGGCGAUCUGGCUAGGUUUGAUCAACGGCAAGACCAAGAGAGUUUUGUUGAGCGCAACGCGCUGACGAGGAUAUAUGAAAUCGCUGAGAACCAAGACGACGCGGACACUCUCAAUCGAAUACGCAUCGCGCAAAGUUACCGCGAGAAGAUGUUCAAACUCGUCAAGCGAUUGAAAGAUAGCUCAUUCCUUUCGAACGAGCCCAACGCAAACUUCAUCGUCGCCACGGCGCACAAGUCCAAGGGGUUGGAGUUUGAUAACGUGAUGAUAUGGGACGAUUUUGAAGACGUCGAUCGGGUCUGGCGCAGAGGGGACAAGUACGUAUCGAUCAGUACAGAUCCGGUUUUCGGCGACGCAGACACCUUGGUCCCCGUCGAUGAAAUCAAUUUGACGUACGUGGCCGUGACGCGGGCGAAGAAACGCGUUUUCUUGAACAAAAGCAUCGCCACCCUCUUGGCGUUCCCGUCGCAUGGAAACGUCCCGAUGUACGACGAAAUCGCGAACGGUUUCGCGCUCUUUCCAGAGAGAUUUCCACUUCGGCAACAUCGCGCCGCAGAUAGAGGCCUCUCUCCGUACGUGCUUCGACGCGUCGAGUUUCAUCCGAACGACCUCCAGGCGACGCAUGAAAGCGUCCUGAAUGCGCUGAGCUGGAAUCCCUUGUUUAACGGGUUCCAUGCGUCGAUGGGCACCGUGCAAGUGCCCGGCGAGGGCGCGAGGCCAGUUCGCAUAGAAAGGCCAGUCGAUGGGAACGUGUGUCAGUGUUGUAUCCAUCGCGUUGGCGAUCUUGAAGACAUGCCAUUAUUGUUGGGCACCUUCGUCUGGCAAGUCGACCUCAAGAGUGGUCUCGUGUGCGUUUCCGACCGCGGCGUCGAGCAACGAGUCUGUACCGCCGAUUCCGGCGUGCGCUUCGCGACCGCCGACGGCGACGCCAAAGACGCGCCGCGGUUCCGACGCCCCGUCGACGAUUACGGCGAUGCAAACCACCACGAUCCCGCGCAUCCGAGAAUUUACGCGCUCCAAAAUCCUCCGUAUCUCUUCCGCACGCGACGCUGCGCCGGAUGCGUGGAUCCCGCGCGAGCGCGCGAGAAGCUGCGCGCGUUAGAGUUCGACGCGUACGAACGCGACGAGUUCUCUCGCCUGCCGCUGUUUCACACCAUGCGCGGCGCCGCGCGAUCGAACGCCGCGCGCGCGAAGCGAAAGAAUUUCGCAUCGGGAACCGCGGGCGCGUCGCGGACGGUCGCGGCGGAGCGCGAACGCGCGAUCCCGAAGGGCGAGGCGUGCGACGCGCUGCCGAUGGACUGGACGAUCAAGUCGAGCGUGCGGUUGAGCUCGCGGGCGAGGUCGUUCCGAUGGGGGACGUGCGCGGGGGCGAACGCGACGUCGGAGGGACUGCGGGCGUACUCGGGCGGCGACGCGUCCUCGUUGAGCAUCGACGGUGGAGAAAGCGGCGACGGCGGCGACGACGACGAGGCGAGGUUGGAGAAGAAACAGAAAUUGCUGACGCGGGCGAUGUAUUCGUGCGCGUAUCCGGAGCUCGGGCUUUCGGAUGAACAGCUGGCGUCGAUGCGGGCGACGCCGAGCGGAAACGAGUGGGUGCGGAAACGCGAGUCCAUGUGGGUGGAUGCCUUGGUGAGUCUGUACGGGUUGCUCAAAGUGAGGCAAUGCUAUGCGUUUUACGUCGUCUAUCGCGAGCGGAGCAUCUUGUUCUGCGCGCCGGGCGUGGGAGGGGUGACGGAUGGCGGAUACGCCGUGGUGACGAAUAGCAACGCGAAGAUUCGAGCGGCAUUGAAGGACGCGGCGGUAGAUUUCACGAGCGCGGACGAAGAGGCGCUGGCGAUCGGCAAAGCGAAAACUGUGUGGGCACAGAAAUGGCGACCCGAGGACGAGACGCAAGGGUUGCUAGACAACCUGGCCGGCGACGACGCGAGCCGAGCGGAAAUCACGGCGCAUUUGGCCAAGAUGGAUAACCCAAGCAACGCUCGUCGCCGAGCCGCGGAUACGAUCAUAUGCCGCGGCGCGAUCGCGGUGAAUGGACUGUUGAACGUUCUAGUCGAAGCCUCCGGGGGUGAUCCCGGAAGUUCCGACGGCGCGCAGCACGACGUACCGAUAUUGUUGGCACCCGUACCGUUCGCGCACAGCUCGAUGAAACCUUUGGAGCUCAAGGCACAAACGAACACGAUGUUGUCUCGCAAAGACGGCAAGAAUGCAAACGCACUGUACCAAUCAUCCAACGCGACGUCGAUGCAAACGGUGUACACGGCGGAGACGGAUCGCGACGAACUCAUUCCGCCGUGGACGCUCGCGCGCGUUUGCGCGGCGUUGGCGCUCAACCAUGAAGACAUAUCUGCCACGUGCAUGACCCACAAGCCUACGCACGGCUUGAACGUUGGCGUCUUAGCGGCGCGCGAUAUGUCGGAUUCCAACACCAAGCAUCGCGAAGCCGUCUUGGUUCGCGAGUGCGCGUAUUACGACGAAGCCGAGACGUCGCGCAUCAUGGCGCCGCCGCCGCUCGGUUCGUCCGUGCUCUCGCGCAUCGAGUACGUCAACGGGACGUAUUAUAUCCCUUAG